UUGGUUUGGGCAACUUUGAGGGGUCUUCCGUUUUGAUUUAUUUGUUUUCUUGGAGGGACCGCCCCCAGCCUCCCCGCAGCUUUGUCGGCCCUGACUUCUUCUCUCGGGUCGCUCCUCCCCUGGCCGCCGCGCCCGGGGCUCGGGUCGGAGCCGGAGCAGGGGGGCCUGGUGGCCCCGCCGUCGCCGCCUCCACUUCGGGGGGUUCAGGCGACAGCUCGUGGGGCGCUCCCGGGCGGGCGGCGAGCAGCUUGCCCGCGGGCCCCGCCGAGCCCGUUCGCCGGGACGCCGCUGCAGUCUGGGUCCGGCGGGGGGCGGGGGGCGGGGGUCGCCCCGGGCGGGGCGGGGCGGGGCGCUGGAAGUUUGUAAAAAAAGAAGAAAAGCAGUGCAGGGUUUUGUUGCGUCGCGGCGGCCUCUCGGACGUGGGGCCGCUCGGCUUCCCGUCCCUCGCGUCCCCGGCCUUCGUGCUGCCCCCCGGCACCUCCCGGAGGCCAGUCUGGGGCGCCCUGCGAUGCGUCUCCAAUGGUGGGAGUGAAGAACUCGAGGUAGAAGAAUACAUGCUUGCUUUCAGUGAACAAGAGCAUGUUCCCAAAUUCCAUUUUGGGCAGCCCGCCCUUCACGCCGAGCCGCCAGCAGCACGGUGGCUUCUUCGCCCUGUCUCCCACUCUGUACUCACACCAGCAGUUCAUAGAUGCGCAGUUCAACUUUCAGAAUGCAGACUUGUCUAGGGCUGUGUCAUUACAGCAGCUGACAUAUGGAAAUGUCAGUCCAAUACAGACCUCAUCUCCGCUAUUUCGAGGAAGGAAGAGAUUAAGCGAUGAAAAAAACCUUCCUCUUGAUGGUAAACGGCAGCGUUUCCAUUCCCCCCACCAUGAGCCAACUGUCGUAAACCAGAUAGUGCCUUUAUCAGGAGACCGGAGAUAUUCCAUGCCACCGCUGUUUCAUGCACACUAUAUACCCGAUAUGGUCAGAUGUGUUCCACCCUUCCGAGAAAUACCCUUUUUAGAACCUAGAGAAAUCAUACUACCUGAAGCCAAAGAUAAGUUGAGUCUGCAGAUCCUGGAGUUAUUUGAAACAUGUCAGCAGCAGCUCAGUGACUUGAAGAAGAAAGAACUGUGUCGGACGCAGCUGCAGCGGGAGAUCCAGCUCCUGUUCCCACAAAGCAGACUUUUUUUGGUUGGAUCCUCUUUAAACGGUUUUGGUACUCGGACCAGUGAUGGUGAUUUAUGUCUGGUUGUUAAAGAAGAGCCAGUAAACCAGAAGACCGAAGCACGGCACAUACUCACCUUAGUCCACAAGCACUUCUGUACCAGGCUCUCUGGCUACAUUGAGAGACCUCAGCUGAUUCGUGCAAAAGUGCCCAUCGUCAAGUUCAGGGAUAAAGUCAGUUGUGUGGAGUUUGACUUGAAUGUAAACAAUAUUGCUGGAAUAAGAAACACAUUCCUUCUCAGAACUUAUGCAUACCUUGAGAACCGAGUCCGUCCGUUAGUACUGGUGAUUAAGAAGUGGGCCAGUCACCAUGAUAUAAAUGAUGCCAGCCGUGGUACUUUAAACAGCUACAGUCUUGUAUUGAUGGUUUUGCACUAUUUACAGACCUUACCUGAACCCAUCCUUCCAUCCCUCCAAAAAAUUUACCCAGAAUCUUUUAGUCCUGCCAUCCAGCUCCACCUUGUACAUCAAGCCCCAUGUAAUGUUCCUCCUUACCUCUCAAAAAAUGAAUCAAAUCUUGGAGACCUCUUGCUGGGUUUUCUUAAAUAUUAUGCUACAGAAUUUGACUGGAACAGUCAGAUGAUUUCAGUUCGUGAAGCCAAAGCCAUUCCGAGGCCUGACGGCAUUGAGUGGAGAAACAAAUACAUCUGUGUGGAAGAACCUUUUGAUGGAACAAAUACAGCGAGAGCUGUGCAUGAAAAGCAGAAGUUUGACAUGAUCAAGGAUCAAUUCUUAAAGUCAUGGCACAGAUUGAAAAACAAGAGAGACUUGAACAGCAUCCUCCCCCUGAGACACACUGUCCUGAAGAGAUGACCGGCCUCUUGUUGCUGUCACCACGGGCAGUGAAGAGCUGGGGUCCUCCCCGCGCCUCAUGGACCUCCAUCAUGGCUCCUUCGUGCUUGUGCUUUUCAUUCUCAUGUUUUAUUUUUUAAAGGACAUACUUAAAUAAAGAUUGCAUAUUUUAUUAUGACAUUUCCUAAUAAAACCCUUUGAUUUAAAAUCUAUUUUUGAAAAUGUUUACAUUGAUGAUGAUUAAUAUUAUGGCAUGGAUAUUCAGAAGACCAGAUAAAAUAUAUUUUGGGAAAUGACCUGAACAGAUUACAAUUUUUGAUGUAACCUCAGUUUGUUGUACCACAUGCUAGUACUGACAGGAAGUGUGGACCUUUGGAGAAGGUUCAGUUGGUAAGUGCUGAAGUCUAACAACCUCCAGGAAAUAGCUUGUCCGAAUCUGUUCUGGUAAAGUAAGGACUCGAGUCUGUGAGCUCAGUUACUUGAAGCAGAAUGGAAUCUUUCCUUCAAAGAUCAUGAAACCCUGGGCUUGACUUGCUGGCAUGGGCUGAGGCUUCGUGCGUCCCCUAUUACUGUUUUGUUAGUAUUUCACACGUGUCGGAUGUGCCCACUCGCAAGGUGGCUUUCAGUUCAGUGCUGAGACAGCGGGCGCUGCAGUUCGGUGAGCACUCACGCCUACAGCAGCCAGAGCAUCGGCUCCAGAUAGACGUUUGACAAGAUGAGUUCUCCCGUGCUUUGUGGCAGUGCAGUGUGCACUUCUCCACUUCCCAUUGUCCUGCUCCUGGUUCCCUUUUCCCUGCGACAUGAACAACAAAAUAAAGAUCAAAAUGAAGGUUAUAUCCUGUUUGUAGUCUCAGAUUUUGUUUUCUGUGUACAAUUAUAGGAUUGUAAUCUAAACUGGAAUUUUUAGGCAGUAAGCCACUACAAAAUGUUUUAGAUAAAACAUAGCAAAAUUAUUAUCAAUUGAGAACUUAAUGUUUGUUAUAAAAUACCUUUUUUAGUAUUACUUUUCCAUAAGAAGGAAGUAGUGGUGACUGUUAAAAAAAAAAAAGCUACAGUGUUUAUUAAGGUGGUUUUUGAUUUGUGUAAAUAUCUGUAAAUUUAAAUGUAAAAAGUAAUCUUGAAACCAGUUUUAACUUUUUUCAAAAGGACUGUGUACAACUUUUAGACCUACUGUAGCACACUUUGUACCUCUGAUGUAUUUUUUGAAGACCAAAUGCUAAAAUUUUGCUUUUCUCUUGACUUGUAAAAGGUGCAUAUUUUCAUUUUCUUUUAAGUUUAAAUUUUUGUAUGAUAAGUGGAAUAAAGUUUAUAUAUGGAAA